AUUCACCCACAACAGCAUUCCCUACAUCACCAACCAAUCAGUUUUCUCCAAAAUCAACUGACCCAACAACAAGAGUUCCUUCUACCCCAACAUCUUCUUUGAGCACCAAGGUCGAUUCACCAGGAGUUGAAUCUCCUACAAUUAUUGGUGUCACAACAGACUCUCCUAAAACAGCAUUUGCUGCAAAAACAGAGAUCCCUCCCACAACACAGGUUCCCACGGCAGCACAGGCACAAACAACUGAUGUGCCAGCGACAGCAACAGUUGCUAUUGCUACAGCAGGUUAUUCCACAUCAACUGCUUCUCCCACACCAGCUGCUCCAGUAACACCAGUUGAUGCAACAGUCCUAUCUCCGACAACCAUUCCAACAGUAUCUCCAAAAACAGUGGCUGUUCCCUCAGAUUUUCCCUCAACAGUUUUUCCAACAAUUUCUCCCACAGCAAGUGCUCUGACAACGGUCAUUCCAGUUAGAGUUGAUUCCACAACAAUCACUCAAAUGACAGAUUCUCCCACAACAGCUUCUGCUCCUGCAAAAGAGGAACUACAAACAGCAGGUGUCACCGCAACGACAGCCACUCAAACAACUUCACUCUCUCUGACAAUUAGUGCACCAACAAAAACAUUUUAUCUCACAACCUCAACUGCUUCACCAGUCAGAACUGUUGACUCCAGUACAGAGCUGUUUUCUACUGUUAGCACACCAACGUCGGCCGGUUCAAGAACAAGGACACCAUUUUCGUCCACACUUGAUCCAACAACAGGUUUUGGCUCAUCAGUUUUCCCAACAAGUGGUCCCACAACAGCGCAUUAUUCCUUGACAACCUUGGCUCCAAAUACUGGUGUUCUCACAAAAAUAGCAACCCCAACCAGCCUUCAAAUUACAUCACCUGCAAAUGCUGUUAGUUUUACAACUUCUACCAUCUUAUCUACAACAUUUGCACAAGGAACUGGUCUUCCUUCAACAACCAUUGCUCUCACAACAACAUAUACUCCCAAAAAGUCAUUGGCUCCAACAAGUGGUGUUCCCACGACAACUCCUGUCUCAACUGCAGAAUCUCCCUCAACAGUUACCCCCAAAACACAAUUUACUUUCUCCAAAUUUUCUCCCACAUCAACUGAUCCAACAGGUCUCAUAACAGCAGUCCCUCCAACAACCGCAGUUUCUUUUACAACGCCUUUUUCUACUACAAAGGCUGUUUCAACAACAGUGGCACCUCAGAUCUCAGAUUCUCCCAUUACAGCAUCUGAUACAAAAACAGAGAUCCCUCCAACCACAGAUGUUUCAGCUCCAACGUCGACUCAAACCAAGUCAGUCUCUGAUUCAAGCGCUUUCACGAAAACAGUUAUUCCAGUAACAACAGAUGUGUCAACAGUCUCACCAACUGAAUUUGGUCGAACAGCAGAAUUUGCUCUGACAACACGUAUCGCUCACAGAAAAACAGUCACUCCAACAGCAAAAGUCUCUUCAACAGUCUCUCCUUCAACCUUUAUCCCCACAAAAGUUGUUUCAACAACCACUGCAUCACCAACUGCCCUCACAAAAGGUUUCACUACAACAGUUGCUCCUACAAGGACAUAUUCUCUCACAACUGCAAUUGUUCCAACAACAGAAAAUGUCCGAAUAACAAAUGGUUAUUCAAUACCAUUUCUAUCUACAAAAAAUGUUGUUCCAACUACAACGGUUGUUUCAAAGACAUUAUUUCCAACAUCUCAUAAGCCUGGGGUUCCCAUCACAAACCUUGCAGUAACAUCUGCUCCAACAACUGGUCUGACGACAACAGCUCGCAGAAAAACAGUCGCUCCAACAACAAUUACUCACACAACUACAGAUUCUCCCCCAACAUCUGCCCUAGCAACAGGAUUUCCCACAUCACCACCUUUAAAUAGCGUCCACGGUACAGCUGAUUCCCCAACCGUCUUAAGUUCAACUCUUGUUCCGACUACAACAGCCAUUUCAGUUGGAGUGUCUCCAGCGACAAAUGCUUUCACAAUGGCAGUUCCUCUAGCAACAGUUCCUUCCACGACAUCUGCCUCAGUUUUAGGAACAGGAACAUCAUAUCAAACAACAGUUGAUGCAACAACAGGUUUUCCGACAACAACUGCACCCACAACAGCAGAUUAUUCCAUGACAUCACUGGCCCGAACAAGUGGUGUAGCCACAUCAUCAUCCAUUCCAACAACAACAGGAUCUCCUAUAGCAACGGCCCCGCCAUACACAUUGGCUCCAACAACUGAUUCCAGAGCAAACAAUGCUCCCACAACAGUUGUUUCAGCAGAAACAAUGUCUCGAACAACAGUUACUCCAACCACAGCGGCUCUUACUCCAACGAAUGGUGAUGCCACCACGACCACUGAAUCCCCAGCAGUCAGACCUUCAAGUGUUGUUCUGACUACAACAGCUAUGUCAACAACAACCUUGUCUCCAACAGCAGGAGCCUCAAUCGUAAGAACAGUUUCUCCGCCAGGUGGUUUCACAACAGCAGAUUACUCUAGGACACCGUUGGCUCCAGAAACUGGAGAAGCCACAUCAUCUGGCCAAACAAGGACAAUCUCUCAUACAAGUGUUUACACAAAAACAUUUGCAGACUCAGUAACAACUCCAGUCACUCAAACAAAAGGCUUCCCCGUGACAGUUUCUUCCAAAAUGACAGAUUCUCUGCCAGCCGUGUCCACUACAACUGCGAAGGUUGUAACGGAAGUUAAUCCUGCUAAUCCAACUACAACAGUUAUUUCUCAAAAAAUAUCUCCCACAACAACAGCCGCUCACAAAAACGAGGUUCCCACAGCAAUAGUUGCAGCAACUGAUCCUUCAACAAUACUCUAUCCAAAAACCUCAUCUCCCUCAAAAAACAUUGCUUUGACAUCAACAAAAUCUCUGACAACAUUAUUCCCAACGAGUGCAGUAUCUCCAACAACAAAGACCUUCUCUUCAACAACAGCUUAUUCUGCAACAAUCUUACCAACAACAACUGGUGUUCCUUCAACAGCAGUUACUCCAGUAACAACAGUCUCACCUACGAUAACCUUCCCACUCAAUGUAACAGCCGUUUCAACAGUGACAGUAUCUCCAACAAUGGUUGGUCAAACAAUUGCUUUCACCCCAACAACUGGUUUUCCCACUAAAACAGUCUCUCCUAAAAUUAACGUUUUCCCCACAACAGUAUCUGCUCCAACAGUCAAUUCAACAUUCUCACCUGCAACAACUGUUGCUCAAACUAAAACAACCAUUUCAACAACCGCAUUGUCGCCAACUACUGCUGUUACAAUAGCAGUUUCUCCCAAAACGGUUCCCAUGACAGGAGUUGCUAUUACUACAUCAGAUUCUUCUCCAACUGCAAGUGAUCCAAAAACAACGCUAGCUCCAAAAGCAGAUCAUUCAGCAAAAGUCUCCCCUACAGUGCAAUCUCCCCAAACAACAGUAUAUCCGGCAACAAUUUCUGCGACAUCAAUGGACCCUUCUUCCACAGGUGUUCCCACAACACUGAACACAACAGCGUUUCCUCCAAAAAUGUAUUCUGCAACAAAAAUAGCACCACGAACAACAGUUGAUUCAACAACAGUCUCUCUGACAACUGUUGCGCCCAUCAAAGCUGCGUCUCUUACAACACCAAAUUCUCUUAAACCAACUUCUCCAACAGUUGCUCUGAAUACCUAUAUAUCCCCUCAAGCAAGUACUACAACCAGUCGUUUCACAACUGUCCCAGUUACAAUAGCUGCUUCAUCAAUGGUCUCUGCUACAACAAAAGUAGUCUUGAAACCAGUAGUCCCUUCAAUGACAACAAAUGGGCCAGUAAUAACAGUUGCUUCAACAACAGCCCCUCCUCCAAAAACUUUUUCACCCACUACAACUGUUGAUUCACCAAUGGUUUUGCUAACAACAGGAGUCACCCCAAAAACUCGCGUUCCCUCUUCAACAAUUGCAGUUCAAACUAUGCCAGUUGCAACAAGACUAUCUGCCACAUCAGUGACCACCCCAACAGCGAGUGCUCCAACAACAACACUUGCUUUGUCUACAAAAAUCUCUACUCCAAUAACCAGUAUUCUCACAACAGCAGUGACUCCCAUCAAAUCAGUCUCCCCUUCAACAACUGUUCAGACAAAAGAUACAGCACAAAAUGCUCAUUCAACAGUUGUCCCGACAAGAGCCUAUGGUGUCAGUAUUACAGCUUCUCCGACGACAGCAGUUGCUCUCACAAGAAAAGAUUCCGUGACAACAGCAGAUGGCCCAUCAACUGGUGUUCCCACCGUAGUUGCUUAUACCAGAACGAUCACUUCAAAAUCAACUUUUUCUACGACAAUAGCUGGGGUUCCCUCCAAAACGGAAACCACAUUAAUUCCUCCAACAGCGAGUGUAGAUCACACGGCUCAAGUGUCUCCGCUAACCGCCACUGUUCAUCCCACUUUAGCUAUUGAUAGUACAACUACAAGUCAUCCAUCCACAUCUCUUACAACAAUGGAAACUUUGACCUCAACUGUUGCUCUCACUAUAACAGCUGCCCCAACAGUUUCAGCAACAAGAACUGUUUCUCCCACAACGACAUCUUCUCCGUCCUUAGUCAGCAAAACAACUACAGAUUCUCCAACAAGUACAACUGGCCCCCCUGCAGAAGUUAAGCCGAUUACAACAGCAACAUUUAUUCCUCCAGCCACUAUCCUGAACCCCACGGAAAGUACAACACUAGUCUCUGUAAAAACAAAUUCCACAACAUCAACUGCAGCUGUAACAACUGCGACUUUAACCUCAACAACAACCAAUGCUCCAACCAAAGAAGUAAAAAUAACCACCACAGUAUGGCUGCCAAAGACUAGUCCUUCUGAAAACACUGCUGUUAGGACAAGAGUUGUUCAAACUACAACAGCUCCAAAAGUGACAGCUGCUCCCACUGCAACAGUUGUUCUAACUUCGAUGGCUUCUGAUACCGCAAGAGUGCCUGCAACAACAGAUGCUCCAACAAGAACUGCUGCCGGCCAAAAAGGGCGCUUUACAUCACCAGCUAUGACAUCAGCAACCCCCUUACCGACCACAGUUGCUCACACUCAAACUGCAAGCAAAUCGCCUGCUGCUUCAACUCCAGCCUAUUUUCCAACUACCACGGCAGCAGCUUUCAAGGCAACAGUCACCGUGGCCACUGUUACUUCGUCAACUACUAAUGUCGCUGAAACUAGGGCUUCGUCAGCAACAUCUCCAGUACGAAGACCUUUUCAAGCAUCAACUGCUCUUUUCACAUCUGAUUCAACAUCACUGUCACCUCCAACUGCUUCCUUGAAAACAACUGCUGCAUUGACAACAACGGCUCUGACCUCAUCUUCGCGAAUAUCAAUGCCUAUCUUGAACUCAACAGCAAACAUGAUUGUGACACUACCUGCCGCUUUUACAUCGACUAGUGAGGCCACAGUUCCACAGACGACAAACAAGCCACUUGUUCUUAAGUUCACUGUUUCAUAUGUAUUAAUUAAAACCUAUACAGAAGACUUGAAUGACCCCAACAGCAGAGCAUUUGAGGAAUUUGAAGAAAAGUUUGUUUCUUGGUGUGAGAGUUUCACCAAAGAAGAAUUUGGGAACCAAAUCAGCCAUUGUAAUGUGAAAAAGCUGAGAAAAUCAUCAUGUACAUCACCCCAAAACACAGUCGAGGUGGAGUUUGAGGCUGAAUUGAUGUGGCCUUCUGGAAUAUCCGAACCACCUUCCAGAAUACAAAUCAUGCAAACAUUGAGAAAGGCAGUGGAAAAUCCUGGAAAUUCAAGUCUGAUCUUCAUUCCCAACUCAAUGCAGCUGGCAGGGAUUCCAGGCCAAGCAAGUUCUCCUACUGUUUACACUGCCAUUUGCUCCAUUCAAGAUACAUUUUCAAAAGAACUCAAUGACCCCAACAGCACAGAGUUUAACAUCCUAGAGGCCAAAUUCAUUGACUGGUGUCAGAGUGCAACCAAAGAAAAGUGUGGAAACCAAAAGGGCCACUGCAAACUGAAAACCCUCAGGAAAUCCCCAAACGCUGCUCAUGAAAACACUGUUGAAGCUGAGUUUGAGGUCCAGUUGCCCUGGUUGAGUCCCACAUCAGAACCUCCUUCUCAAGCAUUCAUAGCGCAAGCCUUGAUGAGAGAAGCUGAGAAUUCUGGACGUUUCCAAAUCAUCAUCAUUUCCAAUUCAAUCCGCAUGACAGCAGGUCCAGUUGAGGACACCGCAACUUCCCCAGAAGCGCCAUCAAGCCGUUCAAUUGUUUACACUGUAACGUCCACCAUUCACAAGGAAUUGUUCACAGAAGAUCUGAACGACCCCAGCAGCAGGAAGUACAAAGAUCUUCAAGAAAAACUUGUCACCUGGUGUGAGUGUGCCUCCAGUGAAAAGUGUGGAAAUACAAUCAGCCACUGCAGACUCAUCAAAUUCAGAAAGUCCUCUUGUACAUCAGCCGAAAACUCAGUGGAAGCACUGUUUGAAGUUGAAUGGAUCUGGUUGACAGCCUCAUCAGAACCUCUCACGAGGAAGUAUGUUACUGAGAUUUUAAGGACUGCAGCAAGAAAUGCUGCUUAUUCUGAAAUAAUGAGCAUUCCCAACUCAAUUCAAGUAGCAGAAGGACCAGAUGAAGAGCCAGGAAACACUUUGGCUCCUCCACCUGCUUAUACUGCAAUAUGCUCCCUUCAAGAACCAUUUACCAAAGAGUUGAAUGACCCCAGCAGCACAGAGUUGAAGGACCUGGAAGCAAAAUUAGUUAGUUGGUGUGAACAUGCCACCAAAGAAAAGUGUGGAAACAAAAAUGGCCACUGUAAACUCAGAAAAUUAAGGAAAUCUCAAUGUGCCUCAUCUGAAAACACUGUUGAAGCUGAGUUGGAGGUUCAGUUGCCCUGGUUGACUCCCACAUCAGAAGCUCCUUCAGGAAAACACAUCGCUGGAGCCUUAAAGAGAGCAGCAGAGAAUUCUGGACGUUUCCAACUCACCAUCAUUUCCAGCUCAGUCCAGGUGACAGCGAGUCACGUUGAAGACACCCCAACUGAACGAGAAGCCCCAUCAGGUCCUCCACUAGUUUACACUGUGACCUCCACCAUUGAUGAAGAGCCCUUCACAGAUGAACUGAACGACCCCAGCAGCAGGAAGUACAAAGAUCUCCAGGAAGAACUGGUCAGCUGGUGUGAGUGUGCCUCCAGUGAAAAGUGUGGAAAUACUAUCAGCCACUGCAGACUCAUCAAAUUCAGAGAGUCUUCAUGCUCGGCCUCGGACACCACAGUUGAAGCAGAGUUUGAGGUUGAGUGGACCUUGUUGACUCCAUCAUCCAAACCUCCCUCCAGAAAACAUGUUGUCAAAACUUUCAAGAACGCUGCUGCAAAUCCUGGACAUUCCAAAAUCACCAUCAUUCCCAACUCAAUCAAAGUAACAGAAGGUCCAGAUGAAGAGUCAGGAAACACCUCGACUCCUCCACCUGCUUAUACUGCAAUAUGCUCCCUUCAAGAACCAUUUACCAAAGAGUUGAAUGACCCCAGCAGCACAGAGUUCAAGGACCUGGAAGCAAAAUUAGUUAGUUGGUGUGAACAUGCCACCAAAGAAAAGUGUGGAAACAAAAAUGGCCACUGCAAACUCAGAAAAUUAAGGAAAUCUCAAUGUGCCUCAUCUGAAACCACUGUUGAAGCUGAGUUGGAGGUUCAGUUGCCCUGGUUGACUCCCACAUCAGAAGCUCCUUCAGGAAAACACAUCGCUGGAGCCUUAAAGAGAGCAGCAGAGAAUUCUGCACGUUUCCAACUCACCAUCAUUUCCAGCUCAGUCCAAGUGACAGCGAGUCACGUUGAAGACUCCCCAACUGAACCAGAAGCCCCAUCAGGUCCUCCACUUGUUUACACUGUGACCUCCACCAUUGAUGAAGAGCCCUUCACAGAUGAACUGAACGACCCCAGCAACAGGAAGUACAAAGAUCUGGAGGAAGAACUGGUCAGCUGGUGUGAGUGUGCCUCCAGUGAAAAGUGUGGAAAUACUAUCAGCCACUGCAGACUCAUCAAAUUCAGAGAGUCUUCAUGCUCGGCCUCGGACACCACAGUUGAAGCAGAGUUUGAGGUUGAGUGGACCUUGUUGACUCCAUCAUCCAAACCUCCCUCCAGAAAACAUAUUGUCAAAACUUUCAAGAACGCUGCUGCAAAACCUGGACAUUCCAAAAUCACCAUCAUUCCCAACUCAAUCAAAGUAACAGAAGUUCCAGAUGAAGAGCCAGGAAACACCUCGACUCCUCCACCUGCUUAUACUGCAAUAUGCUCCCUUCAAGAACCAUUUACCAAAGAGUUGAAUGACCCCAGCAGCACAGAGUUCAAGGACCUGGAAGCAAAAUUAGUUAGUUGGUGUGAACAUGCCACCAAAGAAAAGUGUGGAAACAAAAAUGGCCACUGCAAACUCAGAAAAUUAAGGAAAUCUCAAUGUGCUUCAUCUGAAACCACUGUUGAAGCUGAGUUGGAGGUUCAGUUGCCCUGGUUGAGUCCCACAUCAGAAGCUCCUUCAGGAAAACACAUCGCUGGAGCCUUAAAGAGAGCAGCAGAGAAUUCUGGACGUUUCCAACUCACCAUCAUUUCCAGCUCAGUCCAGGUGACAGCGAGUCACGUUGAAGACUCCCCAACUGAACCAGAAGCCCCAUCAGGUCCUCCACUUGUUUACACUGUGACUUCCACCAUUGAUGAAGAGCCCUACACAGAUGAACUGAACGACCCCAGCAGCAGGAAGUACAAAGAUCUGGAGGAAGAACUGGCCAGCUGGUGUGAGUGUGCCUCCAGUGAAAAGUGUGGAAAUACUAUCAGCCACUGCAGACUCAUCAAAUUCAGAGAGUCUUCAUGCUCAGCCUCGGACACCACAGUUGAAGCAGAGUUUGAGGUUGAGUGGACCUUGUUGACUCCAUCAUCCAAACCUCCCUCCAGAAAACAUGUUGUCAAAACUUUCAAGAACGCUGCUGCAAAUCCUGGACAUUCCAAAAUCACCAUCAUUCCCAACUCAAUCAAAGUAACAGAAGGUCCAGAUGAAGAGUCAGGAAACACUUUGGCUCCUCCAGCUGCUUAUACUGCAAUAUGCUCCCUUCAAGAACCAUUUACCAAAGAGUUGAAUGACCCCAGCAGCACAGAGUUGAAGGACCUGGAAGCAAAAUUAGUUAGUUGGUGUGAACAUGCCACCAAAGAAAAGUGUGGAAACAAAAAUGGCCACUGUAAUCUCAGAAAAUUAAGGAAAUCUCAAUGUGCCUCAUCUGAAAACACUGUUGAAGCUGAGUUGGAGGUUCAGUUGCCCUGGUUGACUCCCACAUCAGAAGCUCCUUCAGGAAAACACAUCGCUGGAGCCUUAAAGAGAGCAGCAGAGAAUUCUGGACGUUUCCAAGUCACCAUCAUUUCCAGCUCAGUCCAAGUGACAGCGAGUCACGUUGAAGAUUCUCCAACUGAACCAGAAGCCCCAUCAGGUCCUCCACUUGUUUACACUGUGACCUCCACCAUUGAUGAAGAGCCCUUCACAGAUGAACUGAACGACCCCAGCAGCAGGAAGUACAAAGAUCUCCAGGAAGAACUGGUCAGCUGGUGUGAGUGUGCCUCCAGUGAAAAGUGUGGAAAUACUAUCAGCCACUGCAGACUCAUCAAAUUCAGAGAGUCUUCAUGCUCGGCCUCGGACACCACAGUUGAAGCAGAGUUUGAGGUUGAGUGGACCUUGUUGACUCCAUCAUCCAAACCUCCCUCCAGAAAACAUGUUGUCAAAACUUUCAAGAACGCUGCUGCAAAUCCUGGACAUUCCAAAAUCACCAUCAUUCCCAACUCAAUCAAAGUAACAGAAGGUCCAGACGAAGAGUCAGGAAGCACCUCGACUCCUCCACCUGCUUAUACUGCAAUAUGCUCCCUUCAAGAACCAUUUACCAAAGAGUUGAAUGACCCCAGCAGCACAGAGUUCAAGGACCUGGAAGCAAAAUUAGUUAGUUGGUGUGAACAUGCCACCAAAAAAAAGUGUGGAAACAAAAAUGGCCACUGCAAACUCAGAAAAUUAAGGAAAUCUCAAUGUGCUUCAUCUGAAACCACUGUUGAAGCUGAGUUGGAGGUUCAGUUGCCCUGGUUGACUCCCACAUCAGAAGCUCCUUCAGGAAAACACAUCGCUGGAGCCUUAAAGAGAGCAGCAGAGAAUUCUGGACGUUUCCAACUCACCAUCAUUUCCAGCUCAGUCCAAGUGACAGCGAGUCACGUUGAAGACUCCCCAACUGGACCAGAAGCCCCAUCAGGUCCUCCACUUGUUUACACUGUGACCUCCACCAUUGAUGAAGAGCCCUUCACAGAUGAACUGAACGACCCCAGCAGCAGGAAGUACAAAGAUCUCCAGGAAGAACUGGUCAGCUGGUGUGAGUGUGCCUCCAGUGAAAAGUGUGGAAAUACUAUCAGCCACUGCAGACUCAUCAAAUUCAGAGAGUCUUCAUGCUCGGCCUCGGACACCACAGUUGAAGCAGAGUUUGAGGUUGAGUGGACCUUGUUGACUCCAUCAUCCAAACCUCCCUCCAGAAAACAUGUUGUCAAAACUUUCAAGAACGCUGCUGCAAAACCUGGACAUUCCAAAAUCACCAUCAUUCCCAACUCAAUCAAAGUAACAGAAGGUCCAGAUGAAGAGUCAGGAAACACCUCGACUCCUCCACCUGCUUAUACUGCAAUAUGCUCCCUUCAAGAACCAUUUACCAAAGAGUUGAAUGACUGCAGCAGCACAGAGUUCAAGGACCUGGAAGCAAAAUUAGUUAGUUGGUGUGAACAUGCCACCAAAGAAAAGUGUGGAAACAAAAAUGGCCACUGCAAACUCAGAAAAUUAAGGAAAUCUCAAUGUGCCUCAUCUGAAAACACUGUUGAAGCUGAGUUGGAGGUUCAGUUGCCCUGGUUGACUCCCACAUCAGAAGCUCCUUCAGGAAAACACAUCGCUGGAGCCUUAAAGAGAGCACUAGAGAAUUCUGGACGUUUCCAACUCACCAUCAUUUCCAGCUCAGUCCAAGUGACAGCGAGUCACGUUGAAGAUUCUCCAACUGAACCAGAAGCCCCAUCAGGUCCUCCACUUGUUUACACUGUGACCUCCACCAUUGAUGAAGAGCCCUUCACAGAUGAACUGAACGACCCCAGCAGCAGGAAGUACAAAGAUCUGGAGGAAGAACUGGUCAGCUGGUGUGAGUGUGCCUCCAGUGAAAAGUGCGGAAAUACUAUCAGCCACUGCAGACUCAUCAAAUUCAGAGAGUCUUCAUGCUCGGCCUCGGACACCACAGUUGAAGCAGAGUUUGAGGUGGAGUGGACCUUGUUGACUCCAUCAUCCAAACCUCCCUCCAGAAAACAUGUUGUCAAAACUUUCAAGAACGCUGCUGUAAAUCCUGGACAUUCCAAAAUCACCAUCAUUCCCAACUCAAUCAAAGUAAUAGUAGGUCAUGUUGACGAACCAGAAACUCCAUUAGGUCCUCCACUUGUUUACACUGUAACUUCCGUCAUUGAUGGAGAGCCAUUUACUGAAGAACUGAACGACCCCAGCAGCAGGAAGUACAAAGAGCUUGAGGAAAAAGUUGUUCACUGGUGUGAGAGCGUCACCAAACAAUACCUUGACAUUGAACAUGUGGUGUGUAAACUACUAAAAUUCAGGAAUCCUUCAUCCACAUCACUGGCCACUGGAGUUGAAGCGGAGUUUGACAUUGAAUUUAUCACCCCAACUCGCCCAACGCUAUUUCUGACAAGUAAAGAAGUACAAGACUCCUUCAGAAAGGCCUCAUUGAAACCAGCAAAUUCCCAAAUAUACAUAAUUCCAGAUUCAGUCCAAGUAAAAGAUCCAGCUAAAGACUCCCCAACUGAACCAGAAGCCCCAUCAGGUCCUCCACUUGUUUACACUGUGACCUCCACCAUUGAUGAAGAGCCCUUUACUGAAGAACUGAACGACCCCAGCAGCAGGAAGUACAAAGAGCUUGAGGAAGAACUGCUCAGCUGGUGUGAGACUGCCAUCAAACAAAGUCUUGUCAUUGAAUCAGUUGGCUGCAAGCUCAAAGCCUUCAGGUAUGAAGUCUGA